GCUCUCUAAAAGCAAGAUCCCUUUGGCACCAAAUUUGGCCAUCAUGGGUAUUAUUCCAAUAACCUGUGGGCGUCGAUUGAAAUCAUGAUGCAAUCUGAUAGUAGCCUACCUUUCUCAAGUGAAAUUCUUCAAAAUUUGUUGUUAUGUUGAAUGCUCCACAAAGGACAUGGCAAUUGAAUUGUGGUUGGAUACGUCUAAAUACAAG